UGACUCUCUUCUCUCGGUUUCUCUCACUGUCAUCUCAACGUCUCUCUCUCUCACUCUCAACCUCUCUCUCUCUCUCUCUCUCUCUCUCUCUCUCUGUCUCUCAAGUUAAGCCACUCAACUCCCCAUUUUCCUUCAGUUUUGCAUCAUUCAUCAUCUCUUGCAGUACUACCAGUGGAUACAAGGAAGGAAAGGCAGCUGGAAUGGCUUCUUUGCAGCACACAAGUAUCAAUACCACAGUUUUAUGCAAAAAAGGGACGAUUUCCGUAAUGGGUGUUUCGGCUCUUCCGUCGUCACUACCGAGGUUCAGAACCAUUGUGGGUUUCGCGACAGCUGCAAUGGCUGCUGGAACCUCUGCAAAGAUCAUUGAUGGAAAAUCAAUUGCAAAGCAAAUCAGAGAUGAGAUAACUGUUGAAAUAUUGAGGAUGAAGGAUACGGUUGGUGUUGUUCCAGGAUUAGCAGUUAUUCUAGUGGGUGACAGGAAGGAUUCUGCAACUUAUGUACGCAACAAGAAGAAAGCUUGUGAAUCUGUGGGGAUCAAUUCCUAUGAAGUGCACUUGUCUGAAGACUCCACAGAACAGGAAGUGCUUAAGCAUAUCUCAGGCUUCAGUGAUGAUCCCUCUGUACACAGAAUUCUUGUUCAGUUACCUCUUCCUUCCCAUAUGAAUGAGCAGAAUAUCUUGAAUUCUGUUUGCAUUGAGAAAGAUGUGGAUGGAUUCCACCCACUUAACAUUGGGCGCCUUGCCAUGCGUGGUAGAGAGCCCUUAUUUGUUUCAUGUACACCUAAAGGAUGCAUAGAGCUACUACAUCGAUAUGGCGUGGAUAUCAAGGGAAGGAGGGCUGUUGUGAUUGGCAGGAGCAAUAUUGUUGGAACACCAGCUGCUCUAUUGCUGCAGAGAGAAGAUGCUACUGUCAGCGUUGUCCAUUCCAGAACCAAUAAUCCGGAGGAGAUCACAAGACAAGCAGAUAUCAUCAUUGCUGCUGUAGGGCAAGCAAACAUGGUGAGGGGUAGUUGGAUAAAGCCUGGUGCUGUUGUUAUCGAUGUUGGAAUUAAUCCAGUUGAGGAUGCAAAAAGUGCAAAAGGGUAUCGUUUGGUUGGAGAUGUAUGUUAUGAGGAGGCUUGCAAGAUUGCUUCAGCAAUUACUCCAGUUCCCGGGGGAGUUGGACCCAUGACUAUUGCAAUGCUUCUAUCUAAUACUCUCAGCUCAGCAAAGAGAUUUCACAACUACAGAUGAGGGAGGAGGAUUCAUUGUCGUUCAGUUAGUCUACUACCUAUUCCCCUCAAGCACCUGUUUAGACAGUGCUUGGAUCUUGGAUUUGUUAACUGAUUUUGAGAAAAUCUCCACAAUAUUUUUUGGCCACUGCAAAUUUAUAUCCAAACAUAGCCCUCGCGUGAGCGCCUUUUGAUUUCUCUCUGUUUACUGUUUCCAAUAUCUGAAUAUUGGCAUAGGCUAGACAAGGGUAGUAGUUCAUGUGAGGUUGGGUGCUUCGUAAAUAUGUUGAUCGAAGAGAAGGUGACGAGGUAAGUGCUUGCAAACUCGGUGCUUUCUUUCCAGAGAAAAGGUCCGCAGGGGAAUCGAUUUCGUACACAGGAACUCUUUGUUACAUACUAUGAUCUCACAAUUUUGUAUUUUUUAUAUUGACUAUAAAGAAGGCUAUGCCAAUUUUCUGAUGGCAUGAUUCAGAAUUGGAAGUUAUGUUCUUCUGUACAAAUAAUUAUUCGAGUUCCAGUAUAAGAAUGGUCAUACUCAUAUAAAACUCUUUCAGUAAAUGUAUAAGAUGGUGGGCAAGCGAAUCUUCUUUG